CAUUUACUCCUCAAAGAAUUUCGCAGUUUUGUUGCACACAUGGAAAGUUUCAUUAGCUUCACUAACCAAAGUCAAGGAAGGGACCGCAUAUUCAGAGCAACCCAAUAUGCAUGCGCGUUGGCGAAAUACCUUCUGAGAAAUGAAGCGAAGAGAAAAGAGCUGGUGAAAAAGCUGCAGUUUCUGGAGUCUAAUAUGAGUUCGGGGCGGAAGCUAUUCAGGCUUGGGAACACAGUGAACUCUAUCAAUGCGGCCAAGAGCACUCUUCAUAUUUCUGACCCUGUGCUGCGCUUUUGCCUUACUUUUGCCAACCUCAGCCGUGCCUUGUACUUCAUCUGUGACAACAUACUCUGGGCCAGAAGUAUCAGGCUAAUACAAGAGAUCGACAAGGAGCGCUGGAGCUUGAACUCCACUCGCUUCUAUUUCCUGUCCUUGGUCAUGAAUCUAACCAGGGACGUCUAUGUGAUCGUCCAACUUAUGGCGCUGAAGUCUCGGGACAGACGCUACCAGCAAAAAGUCGACCAGCACCUUAAUGAAAGCCCGGAUGUGGCUUGUGUCAUAGUGCCUCAGCUUGAUGCGUUCCUCUUCCUUCUCAUCGAGAGCCUCAGAGGUCAGCCAUCUGUGGCUCUCGAUACACUUAAAAAUGUGUGUGAUCUUUUCAUUCCACUUGACAAACUGGGCGUUUACCAGACAAAUGCAGGGGUGGUGGGCUUCUGUGGGCUGGUUUCCUCUCUGUUAGGCAUACUGUCAGUCUUGAGGCCCAGCCUCAGAAUCAAGCCAUGAUUUAGGGAAUGAGGAAAAUAAGGAUGCUUUCCUAACAAAUGUUUUGAUUACAUUUGUGUGUUAAAUUAGACUUCCAUUAAGCUUUUGUGAAGGGAUCAACAUAAACGUUGUAUAAGGGAGAUAGGAAAAUAGAACAUACCCAUAAUGCAGCAGUGCACAUGCAAAAAAUAAAAAAAUAGCAUAAUUUAGAUGAGAUUUCACAGUGUGUGUUUGACCACAUGCUGUGUACACUUUCAUUAAAUAGAGUGCCUCGCUGUAUCUGUUGUUGUGUUAACAUGGCAGUCCUAGUGAAAUAACACACCUGUAUAUUAAGCACCGUUCAGUAGGCUACUUUUAAUAGAGAUUAUAUCACUUUGGUACUGAUGAUAUUGAGAUGAUGUUUGGAGCUUGUGACAUUUAUUUUCCAGGCAAAAGCUGCUCUCUAUGGUGGCAGAUGCACAGUUUU